CCCGCCAUGCGUCACUUCCGGUGCGGCGCGGGGCAGGCGCCGGAAGCGGCUCCAUAGCGGACGGGGCAGCGCCGUGGCGGUGGGGUUGGCCGGCGCCAUGGUGGAGGAAGUGCAGAAGCAUUCUGUGCACACGCUUGUGUUCAGAUCUCUGAAAAGAACCCAUGAUAUGUUUGUAGCUGAUAAUGCCAAGCCUAUCCCGUUAGAUGAAGAAAGUCACAAAGUAAAGAUGGCAGUCAAGCUGCGUACAGAGUAUGGCUCAGUGUUACACAUGCCUACUCUUAAGGAAAACUUGAGAGAGAAAGGAGGCCCAAACACUGGGGAUCCCUAUGGACACAAACAGUAUUCUGGAAAUCAAGGACAAGAACUUGAGUAUAUGAUAACUGGUACACAUCCAUACCCACCUGGGCCUGGUGUGGCUCUGACAGCAGAUACUAAGGUCCAGAGGAUGCCUAGUGAAUCUGCAGCACAGUCCUUAGCUGUAGCGCUUCCUGCUUCUCAGUCCAGGUUGGAUGCAAAUCGGACAGCUGCUGGUGUGGGUGAUAUUUACAGACAUGCUGGAAUAUCUGAGCGUUCGCAGCCUCCUGGGGUGUCUGUGGCUAUGGUGGAAGCUGGUGGAAACAAAAAUUCUGCGUUAAUGGCAAAGAAGGCUCCAACCAUGCCCAAACCUCAGUGGCAUCCACCUUGGAAACUGUACAGAGUUAUCAGUGGUCACCUGGGCUGGGUGAGAUGUAUUGCAGUAGAACCAGGAAAUCAGUGGUUUGUAACUGGCUCUGCUGACAGAACCAUAAAGAUUUGGGACCUCGCUAGUGGCAAAUUGAAAUUGUCUUUGACGGGACACAUCAGUACUGUACGAGGGGUGAUAGUAAGUGCAAGAAGUCCAUACCUCUUCUCUUGUGGAGAAGAUAAACAAGUGAAAUGCUGGGAUCUUGAAUACAAUAAGGUUAUCAGGCAUUACCAUGGUCAUCUAAGUGCUGUCUAUGGUUUAGACUUGCAUCCAACAAUAGAUGUACUGGUAACGUGCAGCAGAGAUUCAACAGCGCGAAUUUGGGAUGUAAGGACGAAAGCCAGUGUGCACACACUAUCAGGACACACAAAUGCGGUAGCAACAGUGAAGUGCCAAGCUGCAGAACCACAAAUUAUUACAGGCAGUCAUGAUACUACCAUACGGCUCUGGGAUUUAGUGGCAGGAAAAACUCGUGUUACUUUAACAAAUCACAAGAAAUCUGUAAGAGCAGUAGUGCUACAUCCAAGACAUUACACGUUUGCAUCUGGUUCUCCAGAUAAUAUUAAGCAGUGGAAGUUCCCAGAUGGAAACUUCAUUCAGAACCUCUCUGGUCACAAUGCUAUUAUCAACACGCUGGCUGUAAAUUCUGAUGGUGUUCUGGUCUCAGGAGCUGAUAAUGGUACUAUGCAUCUUUGGGACUGGAGAACUGGAUACAAUUUCCAGAGGGUACAUGCAGCUGUGCAGCCAGGCUCUUUGGACAGUGAAUCUGGAAUAUUUGCUUGUGUUUUUGAUCAGUCAGAAAGCAGAUUGCUAACUGCUGAAGCUGAUAAAACCAUAAAAGUAUACAAAGAAGAUGAUACUGCGACUGAAGAAACUCAUCCUGUCAGCUGGAAACCAGAAAUUAUCAAGAGAAAGCGAUUUUAGUGCGGCAACAUACUUAUGCUGUAGUUUUGUUUUGGCUUUCCUGAGAGUAUUCAGUCACAUUUUGUUCUGCCUAGAACAGCAGAGCAGUAAGUCGGCUAAGUCAUUGCUAUUUCAACAUGUUUUAUAAUAAAUUGUAUUUCUCUUUCCUUUUGUCGUUUUUUGGUGUGGUCCCAGCAAACCAGUUGCAGCUGUUAACUUUCUCUUUGUGGAGCAUGUAUAGUUCAUGAAAACGAUAGAUGUGCAGGUGGUUACUUUUUUAUAUGAAUCCAUUGAGUCUAAGUCUAAAAAUACUUUGAGCCAGGUUUUCUGAAAGAUCCUUGCUUGACUCCAGAAGUUAAUUGCAAGUUUAUGCAUGGAAGCCAUCUUCUGGGGAUUUCUUGAGUGACGCUUACAGAUUUUACAAGAGUGUUGUUCACUAUACAUAUUCUAAGUAUAUACCAGAAAUGGUACAGUAUAAAUAUGUUAAAUUAGAGAGUAAUAGAGAAAGAAACAGGACAAUAUAAUCAUAGUGGAACUUGCUUUGUAAACACAGCCACUGAGCAUUGCCAGUGUUGUGUUAAUGGAUGGAAUGGAUUUUUGAAGUGUUUCUUUCGCUAGGAAAGCUUUCAUGUGCAACUGCUCAUCUUCGCUCAUUUUGUUUCAGAGUGAACCUUCUAUAACAAGGACCACUGUCAAAUCAUACUGUUCAGUCACUACAGAGUUACCAGUUGACUUCCUUUGUAAAUCACCUGUUUCUUCCAGUUAUUCAAAGCAUGUUUGACAUGAGGGCAGCAGACUUUUAAAACGGCUUGUAAGAGGGAAAGCUCUUAAGUCAUCCCAGCCUUAAUUUUACAUGUUGCUGCCUCUCCAUGAUCUUAUGAAGGGAUUCAAAAUAAAUAAAACAAUAUUACUGAAAGAUAACUUGUACUCCUGAGGGGAAGAUCUUUCAUUGUGUUUGCAGAUAGUCACACAGCAAGCAGUACACGUAAGCCUCCUUGCUAGAGCUUAUCUGUGAUGUCAGUACUGCUCUAAAGCACUUUUUCUUCAUGGGGGGAGAAAAGCAUUAAAUCAUCAAGCCAUUCAGUUGUCAACAACUUUGCCAGUGAUGUUAGUAGCUGUAGUGGCAGGUUUCAUGCUGGGUAGACACUGGGAAUCAUUCUGUGGCCACAGCGUUGAUAUCAAGCAGCUCAAUAAUUAUUUCUAUUCUCUGCCACUCUUGACAUUUUUCAAAUCUGGGAUUUAGGUUAGAGAAAGGACAGUUUCUUGCAGUGUAACUUACAAAAAGCUAGGAAAACUAAGUGUUGUUUACAUUAUGAGGAUUUUCAGCUUGUCUUACGAUGCACGGGAGGUCUUGUAUUUAUAAUUUGAAUGUUUGACAAUGUUGUUUUCAGGGAGUUCAUGCUGCAUAAAUAACAAUUUUGAUUGGCAGCUAUUGUCUGAAGCAUCUUCACAAAAAAGGGGAGUGCUUGUUAUUUACAAGUUAGAUUAAACAUCUUUUAUUUGAAUGAUAGUUCAGAUUUUUCUAGAUCUUCAUUACAUCUGUUUUCAUUUUAACUAGCGUAACAGGGAAAAAUACAGGUUGUGGCUUACAUGUAUUUUAUACUGCUGCUAAUACUUCAUCCCACAAAUCCAUGAAUUAUUGGUGUUACACAGAAUUUUUUUGCUCACAGCGAAAUCCUCUGUAGGAAGGCGGAGCGGAGAGGAAUAAUUUACUUGAAAAGCAGUGGGAUCUUUGUGGGCUGUUUGGUUUUGUUGUGGUUUUUUAGAAAUGUCUAUUUCUUUUGAAAAUUUGGAAUCAGGAAGGGGAAAUUAGAGGUUUUGGCUCACAGUUCAUCAUCUCUGUACUGUCACUUUUCUUCAAAAACUACGUUUAUUCCACUGUGUAUCACUCUGAAGAGAGAUCAGAAGGUCUGCUGCAGAACCUGUUUCUUCCCUGGACUUCUGCAGGAAUCUGCUAGCAUGGGGCAGUGGUUGCCCCAGCAUUCUUUUUAUGCCCUGGGUAAAGAUUUGUGUUGUAAAUUGAAGGCUACACACUGUUAUUUGGAGUAAUACUUCUCCUUUCUGGCUCUAUAGCAUGCUGUCCCAGUUUUAAGUGUGACUUUUUUUUUUAAUUGUGUUCUUUAACAUCCGAUUUGCAUGUUCAUUUCCUUUCCAGCAGUUUUUUCUUCCACUUGACAAUAAUGUGAAUAUCGCCAUGUAUGCUUCUAUGAGUAUUUAUGAUGCAUCAAGAUUAUCAGAUUUCAUGUAAGUGCUUCUGUAGUGCAAAGUAAGCCUAGAUAGUGAACGGUGAUCCACAUGUAUCUGAUUGUGUAGGAUACACAGCAACGUUAGAUUUGUCUACAUAAGUCAUAAAGCGAAGCAAAAUAGGAGGAUUUGGCCCAUUGGAUGUAUUUUCCAUGCUUCUGGAAAGUGUCACGUUGUCAGUUAAAGUAAUCUUGAAUGGGAGUCUAAUCUCAGAAAACAGUCAUUUAUUUCAUAAAAUUUGAUGUUGUCUUCUGUAUGUGAUCAAAUCAUACACAUUUCUACCACAGACCUUGAGUUUUAUUUUAUACUGUACAUAAUUGCAGAGAGGUAAGAAUAUGGGUUUUUUGUUUGUGGCAAUUCAAGAAAGUGUAACUGGUAAAAGUGAUAAAUUUUAAGAUCACUCUGCUGUAUACUAAAGCAUACAAUGUAAGCUAUGCAGCUAGAAUGCUGUCGUUUGCUGGCAGCAUUAAAAUUGUGCAGAACAGUAUGUCUUCGGCAACUUAAAGGCUUACAGAAGUAAAUCUUUAACAGCCAGUUUCUUUUAAGUCCUGUUAGAUAAGAAUUAAAGUGCUAUGCCUGAUUUAAAUAACAGCAAUUUAGCCGUCAAUAAAACCUUCAAUACA